UGUACUUUGUCUUUUAUUUUUUUUUAUCUUUGUAAAAAGAAGAGAUAAUGAAGCUUUCGCAAAAAGUUGCAGAGGAUACAGUAGACACAGUAUUUAAAGUACUUGUGGAUGGUAGCAAACAAGAUUACAUAGGCGAAAAAAUAUCUCAACUUGAACAUAGUCUACAAGCUGCUUGUUCGGCCCAAGAAGCUAAGGCUGAUGAGGAAACCAUUCUUGCUGCUUUGCUUCAUGAUAUAGGACAGUUUGCUACUAGUGCUGAUCAUAAACAGAUGCUUUGUGAUGCCUCUGAUGUUGACCCCUCUGCACCUAAAAAGCAAAUUAGUGUCGGCAUAACCGGGCAUGAACGUAUUGGUGCGCAAUAUCUUUCCAAUUUAGGAUUUUCUGAAAAGGUGUGUAUACUGGUUGAAUCUCAUGUCCCAGUUAAGCGAUACCUUACUGGUAAGUACCCUGAUUAUUAUGAUGGGUUGAGUGGUGCCUCCAAAUUGUCAUUAAAAUACCAGGGUGGACCUUAUACACAAGACCAAAUUGAACAAUUUGAAACGGACCCAUUUUUUAAGCUUAAAGUUCAAGUUCGCCAAUGGGAUGAUGCCGCCAAAGUUGUUGAUCUCCAGGUCCCCAAUCUGGAAUCGUAUCGUCCAAUGAUGAUCCGUCAUUUGUUGGCUCAAUAGAAGGCCUAACCCCCUUUUUUUGCACAUUCUUUACUCUCCCCCCCCCCCUUUUUUUUUCUAUCGGCAUCUUACUUGUUUAAGCUCAUAAUCAGCAAUAAAUAAAAGCGAUUUCAAGUUUUUUUGGGCGAAUUAGACAGAGAAUCAGGAAGACGGUAAAGAAAGACUUAAUCAUGAAUCAAUAAAAAAAAAGUAUCUGCGUUUGUUUCAAGCCCUU